UUUUACACUUACAUCAACAAUACAUAGCAUCAGAAGAUUCCAUGUAUACCUAUGGUAAUCUAUCAGGCAAAAGGUUUUAUUCAAGCUAUAGAUAUCCCAUAUACUCUCGCCUACCUUUUACUAAGAGCACAUCUAUAUCCGCAAAUAUAGUAAUACGAAAUGUGAAGACUACCUAUAACUUCGAGUCCACCGGGUCUAUUUUAUCGCCGAAUCAUCUACAAGCCGACUUACCUGCCCAAGCACCACCUAAAUGUAAACCUCAAAGAUAGACCCUUAACCUUACAGCAGCAGCAUUUCUUUACAGUUCUUUCCCUCAGAGCAAGCCGAAGGAACAGCAACAACAUGGCAUCAACCGAUGAAGACCCCGAAGACGCCAUCACCAAGGAAGAAAUCGCAGGAACAGCACCUGCCCCGGCGGACGCAGCAGGGGUCGGUGUAAGUCAAGGCACGAAGCGCAAUGCAUUCGCAGAACUCAUGUCGCCGAAGGCCAAGGCGGCAAAAGAAGAACCCAAACACCCCCCAACAAAAUCCUUCAACAGGCGCGACGGCCUCGGCGCCUACACCCACGACCCGACCGCCUUUCCCGCGAGCCGAGUCAUAUACUACAACGACGACUUCGUCGCUAUCAACGACAUGUACCCCAAAUCCACCGUCCACACGCUGCUCCUCCCGCGCUCGCCCCGCAGCCGUAUGCAUCCCUUCGACGCCUUCGAAGACGCCUCCUUCCUAGCCUCCGUACAAGCCGAAACGCAGAAGCUAAAACGCUUAGUAGCGAAGGAGCUACAGCGGCGGUACGGACGAUUCAGCGCCUUAGACCGUGAGCGCGAGGCCGUGCUCAACGGGCAGAAAGAGUGGGAUGGGGACGAGUUACCCAAGGGCCGAGACUGGGAGAGCGAGCUGCUGGUCGGCAUUCACGCGCAUCCGUCUAUGAAUGACUUACACGUACAUGUGCUGGCGCCGGAUAUGAUGUCGGAGUGUAUGCGCCACCGCAAGCACUACAAUAGUUUUAAUACGCCCUUCCUGAUCGACGUUGCCGACUUCCCGUUGGCGAAAAAUGACCAUAGGAGACACCCCGGCAAAGCCGGAUUCAUGAACGCCAACCUGAAGUGCUGGCGCUGCGGGAAGGAUUUUGGGGCCAGUUUUAAACGGCUCAAAGAGCAUCUCGCGGAGGAGUUCGAAGAGUGGAAGAGAAUCUGAACAAGAGCUUUACUCGUUUUGCAGAAUAAUCCAGAAGUCCCAAAGGGAUCCUGAAGUGAUACUGGAAGUGGCCAUAGGAGAUAGGGCUUGUGAGCUAGUUGUUCACGCCCUUUAAUAUGUACAUCAUGGCAUCGAUGCGAGUGCGUAGAUCAAAUAAUAUGCUUUACUACCUACUGUAUUAUAGGUGUGGAGAGGUCAGCGGAAGAUUGCAACGCAUAACGUUAGGUAAAUAACUUUUCGUAUGCUCCGUUUUUCCCUUUGGAAAACAGAGACAUAUAAUAAACAAGCUGCGAGGGAGCACCAGUAAUAGUCGUAGUCACAAUAGACUAGGAAGCCAUUACUGCUUCAGAAGUAUGUGUACAAGCCAGCUCCUCCCUAUCAACGCCAUUACUCUCAGCCAAUCGUAAAAGAAAACCCCAUCUCCCCUAUGCCCAAGUGUUCGCAUACAACCGAGUAUUGCUCACACAGAAGACCGAAAUGACCAUGCUUCGCAUACUUCGCAUAAUAGAAGCAUCGAGUCCUCAGUUCUCAGGAGCAGCAGGAGCACUCCUUACGUUACUGAUACGUCUGAGGACAUUGGAUAGAAAAGCACCCACGUAUAACGCGCGGACUUCGGUGCCCUAAUCCUCCUA